AUGAGCAACCUGGACUUUCUCCAACCUUUGCGCGAAAAAUAUUCGCAUGAACCAACUUUUCUCCAGGCCGUGGAAGAAAUGGCCAUGGCACUGCUCCCUCUUUUUGAAGACGAAAAGAAUGGAGCCUUCUACAAACGGGCGUUCGUGGCCAUGACGGAACCAGAGCGUGUCAUCAGCUUUCGUGUUCCCUGGGAGGAUGACAAUGGCAACAUCCAGUUCAACCGUGGAUGGAGGGUCGAGUUUAACAGUGUCCUGGGACCCUACAAAGGUGGGCUGCGGCUCCACCCCACGGUUGAUUCAGGAGUACUCAAGUUCCUGGGCUUUGAACAGAUUUUCAAAAAUGCGUUGACAGGACUACCAAUGGGAGGUGGCAAAGGAGGAAGUGACUUCAAUCCCAAGGGCAAGAGUGAAGGAGAAGUCCGUCGGUUCUGUGUGUCCUUUAUGACUGAAUUAUUCCGGUAUUUGCAUCCUUCUACGGACGUGCCUGCUGGAGACAUUGGUGUUGGCGGUCGCGAAAUUGGAUAUCUCUACGGCCAGUACAAGAGGCUUACCAACAAGCAUGGAGAGGGUGUCCUCACAGGAAAAGGGCUGAACUGGGGUGGGAGUCCACUUCGCCCAGAAGCAACAGGCUAUGGCCUAGUUUACAUGACAAAACUUGCAGUUGAGAAGAGACUUGGCCGCACUCUUGAAGCUAUGCGCUGUGCAGUCUCUGGCAGCGGCAAUGUGGCUCAGUUUGCAUCGGAGAAGUUGCUUGGGUAUGGUGCCAAGGUCAUCACCGUUAGCGACUCCAAUGGCGUCCUUGUCUUUGACGAUGGGAUGACCCAAGAUGACCUGCAUGCGGUGAUGGAGUGCAAGAAUGUUCAACGUGACCGCCUUCGUUCCCUGGAUGGAAAGGUUAGCGGACGCUACGUUGACGGGGAGUCCCCGUGGUCCUUGGACAUGAAAUAUGACUUGGCUCUCCCCUGUGCUACUCAAAAUGAAAUUGACGGAGACGCAGCCAGACGUCUUGUGAAGAAUGGAGUGCUAGGCGUCCUCGAGGGCGCCAACUUGCCAACCAACAUGGAGGCUCAGAAAGUGAUUCGUGACAAGGGAGAUGUGAUCUACGUCCCUGGUAAGGCCAGUAACGCUGGAGGUGUGGGCGUUUCAGGACUUGAAAUGAGCCAAAAUUCGCAACGACUGACUUGGACGCGAGAAGAAGUGGACAGCAAGCUCAAGGACAUGAUGGCUAAUAUAUACAAACAAAUGGAGAAUUCUUCUGGAAAGGAUGGGACCCUGGAAGAAGGUGCUAACCGGGCCGGAUUCCUCAAGGUAGCAGAAGCUAUGAAGGAUCUUGGCUGGGUGCAGUAA